UAGCGGCACUGAGUACCACGUGGCCCAGCCCGUGCUCAGGGACCCUUCCGUGGAUCCAGGUGGACAGAGAACAGAAGGCCACUUAAACCCAAUGUGAGGGGUGCUGGGGUGAGGUGCCUGAUGACCACCUAGUCAGUGUGGGGUGGUCAAGGAAGGCAGGCAUGUAGAAGCAGGAUGAAUGAGGUCCACCAGGCAAGUGGGGGUGCAGGGCGUUCUAGGCAGGAGAACCGGCCUAAGCAAAGACACAGAGGUGUGUAGUAGCUUGUCAGGUUAGAGGAGGUUAAAAAAGAUGUGGCCCCACAGUGGGAGAUGGGCUGCGACCUCCAGCCCCUCCUGAGCGCAGGGCACCACGGACAGCAAUGGAAACCACAGAAGAGCUUGAAUUGAAUGGAAGUGCCGGUGAUGAGGAUUCCUGCGCUGGGUGCGGACUGUGGGGACGGAGCAGGGAGGUAACAGUGGCCUGGACUAUGAUAUGGAAAGAGGUGGCCUCAGCCUGUAGGAGGGCUGCUGGGUGCAUGACCACACUUGCUUUCCCCUGACUGUGAGGUAGAGGGUGUGAGCUUGGUUCCCGUCACCUCUGCCCAGAAGCUGGUCCAGGCCCUUCGUUGGGACCCACCAGCAAGUCAUCCCUGCAGACAAGUUCAACACAGUCGCCUGCGCCGCUGCCCCUCCCAGGGCCCCUUGGGGUCUGGGCCUUGCCGGGGUUCUCCCGGCCCCAGGCAGGCUCCCUCGAGGCCUCGGAUGUUCCCACAGCCUUCCCGAGGGUCCUCGCCACCGCGUGUUGCCCGGGCCCCAGCGGUCGCUAGGCUGCGGAUUGGGGCUCCCGGCCCAGCCGGGCGCUGAUGGAGCCUGUGGUGGCGGCAACAGCACGCAUGCAUGGCGGCGGAGUCCGGACGCUCGUGGGCCCAGGCUCGCAGCACAUACGGCGCGAGCACGGCAAUGCGGCGCGGCAUGGACCGCCGGCGGGACCUGGGACCUCAGCCCAAUGGGCCGGUACCUGAAGAAGCCCGCGCCCCGGGCCGCCUGGCUCGCCUGCGUGGCCAGCUCCGGCCUGAGGCGGAGGCACGGACCGAUGCUCCCCGCCUGCUGCGGCUGGUGGAGCGUGCGGGAGCAGCGGCUGGGGCAGGGGCCAGAGAGGCGGGGGCCGGGGAGCAGGAGGGUACGCGCAGCCGAGGCUCUGUGUGCUCGGUGUGCGGGGAGCCACGCAUCGGGGCCACCUACCCAGCCGGUGUCCUGGAGGUGAGCGAGCGGCGGCUGCAGGAGGGCCUGGCGGCCGUGCGUGCCGAGCUGGGUGCUGGGCUGGAAGCGCUGCGCAGGGAGCUGCGGGCAGAGCUGGAGGCCCUGCGCGCACUGCUGCCCGCCCCGCCCCAGCAGCCGCCAGCUCGCCGUGAGCCUCGCGCCGCACCCCGAGGCCCCAGCCUGCUGCGGGCGCUCGGCACGGUGAAUGCCCUGGCCGCGGCCACCAGGCCCACUGACGACUCCUCGGACGGCCCCGCCAAUGGCGGCGCGAACCGGGCCCCUGCCCGGAAGAACCUCAAGAAGACGCCGGUGCCCCCCGGGGCCUCACAGGUUGGCGGGGAUUGAGGGCGGCCGCCCAGAGGAUGGGCCAAGCUGGAGGCGCCACUGGCCAGAGGGGCGAAUGGACAGAUCUGCCCCCUCGUGGAACUAGCUCGGAGAGGAAGGGUCCUCCGACGCUGCCUGCUGGCACUGCGGCUUCGGCCACAGUCCACAGGCCACCAGCUGGACAGCAGCCUGACCAGCCAGCUUCACUCUGCUGCCCGCCAGACCCAGCCUCCCAGAGGACAGCGUGGCGGGGCACAGCCACAUCUGGUCGACAGCUCCACUUGCAUGCACUCUUGGCUUUGCUUUGGACACCGACCCCUUCACUUAGUUCUGCCACAGGCAGUUACCUGGACAGCAGUGUCUCUUCAGAAAGUGUCGUGUGCACUCGGACUCCACAGCUUGACCUCCCAGAGUGCCACAGGGUGCAGUUUCACCAGCUGUCUCCAUCACCAGGACCCACCCCCCAGGGCAGCCUGCAGUGGGUUCUGGGGCCAGCGCUUCUGCCUUCCUGGCCUGCAGGAAACUGCCUGGGGUCUUCCUUUCACCGCUCACAGUGACUCGGGGUGGGCGCCAGCUCGUCUUUGAAAUAAAAUGUGUAAUCUUAGG